AUCUGAGAGGCUGUCCUCCAGGCUUAAGUCGUCAGAAAAUCCACUGAAUAAAACAUAAUUCUCAACUUUUAGGUUGCACUUUUUUUUUUUCAGUCUACAAGUAGGAAGCUUCUCUUUGUGGAAGGUAUUCAGAGUUUGUUGACUGAAGUCAGAGGAACUGUGUACUAAUAUGCCUUGCUCUGAGACCAUAAGAUCUCAAAUUACUUAGCUCCUCUGAGCCUGUUUUCCUCAUCCACAACAUGAGAAUUAUAAGGAUAAAGUAACAGGUGUGAAAAUAGUAACAUGUUGUAUAAAUAUUAUUACUGAUUUUUUCCCCUAAACCCCAAAUAAAAGACUGAACUUCUAAUCAACUGAAUGAACUUCUAAUCAAGGAUAGGUAACUAAGGGUACCAAUCAUUGUUCCUAAUGCAGUUGUUAUAGAAAUCUGCCCCUCUUUUUCCUCUAAUUUUCUUUUUCUCUCCCUCCUUAGGUUCAAUAUUGACCCACAGGCACACUGCUUAACUCUUCUAGAUGCCACUCAAAACCAACAAGAUUGCCGACCUCUGUGCUAAUGAAUUUCUUCACCACCGCAACCAAGGAAGGAUAUGAUAUGAGGCCAGUGGACAUAACUCCUUUAGAACAAAGGAAAUUAACGUUUGAUACGCAUGCAUUGGUUCAGGACUUGGAAACUCAUGGAUUUGACAAAGCACAAGCAGAAACAAUUGUAUCAGCAUUAACCAUUUUAUCAAAUGUCAGCCUCGAUACUAUCUAUAAGGAGAUGGUCACUCAAGCUCAACAGGAAAUAACAGUACAACAGUUAAUGGCUCAUUUGGACUCCAUCAGGAAAGACAUGGUCAUCCUAGAGAAAAGUGAAUUUGCAAAUCUGCGAGCAGAGAACCAGAAAAUGAAAAUUGAAUUAGAACAAGUUAAGCAACAACUGAUAAAUGAAACCAGUCGAAUCAGAGCAGAUAAUAAACUGGAUAUCAACCUAGAAAGGAGCAGAGUAACAGAUAUGUUUACAGAUCAAGAAAAGAAACUUAUGGAGGCAACCACAGAAUUUACCAAAAAUGAUACCAAAACCAGAGGUAUUAUUUCAGAGACCGGUAACAAAAUUGACACUGAAAUUGCUUCUUUAAAAACCCUAAUGGAGUCUAACAAGCUUGAGACAAUUCGUUACCUUGCAGGUAAGGCUGUGUUUGUCAGAGAAAGGAAUUACUGUCAUUUGAUUUUCGGACUUAUUAGCUCCUACCUCCCAAGGUAGCCAUGGGGCACAGAAGAAAAACAGGAGGAGCUGUAACAGAUCUCCUUUAUUGUUUGGUUCCCUGGAGUACUUGGAAAAUGUAAGUUUAAUAGGCAGUAAAUUUAGGAUAUAAGUUUAACAGGCAAACUCUGCAUCCUCCUAAUGGGAAAAAGCAUAUGGAUGUCAAAGAUAAACAUAAACACAAGUACAUUAGGAAAAAGCAUAUGGAUGUCAAAGAUAAACAUAAACACAAGUACAAAACGAUGCAAAGAUACACUGGGUAUUCCACAAUGAAAAAAACGAAAAUUUUUAGAUAAAGAUCACCAAAAUAGAUAUAGACCAUUAAAAACCACAGCAAGCAAAGGGGCAAAAACUACCUCCUAUCUUGAAUCCAACUGACAGAGCAGGGAUACUACCCAAAAUUAGAUUAUUUGUCACAUACUGAGUUCCUUAAGUACCAUGUGACCUGACCAAUUUACACAGCCCCAAGGAGUUAGAAAGAAUGCCCUAGUCGAGUAGUACAUUUUUCUUUGUAUAAAAAAGUAAUACAUUUUCAUCCUAAAUUGUUCAUAUAAUUCAAAAGCAAUAUAGUAAAAGUGAAAGCCUUCUCCCUCCCCAUGUGUAUUUACUAUUAGUAGUAUAUAUCUUUCUAGGCUUUUCCUUCUAUAUGUGAACAUUGCAGAUUUUUUAAACAGUAAUUAGAUGAUACUGUACAGAGUACAACUUCUAAAAAUUUAACCAAAUGUUUUGAUUAUCUUUCCACAUGAAUACAUAUAUAGACUUUUUUUUUUUACUAGAAAACAUACUAUUCCAUUGUAUGAAAAUACCAUAAUUUAUUUAUCCAAACCUCUAUUAA